AUGAGAAACGGCAAAACAUCUGCAGUUACGUACAAGCAACGGGGAGAUCCGGAAAUCAGUGUGGUUACGCUAAGAGGUGAAGGAGCCUUUGGGAGGCAGGAUGAUGAAGACCAAUGCGCUGACCAUGAGAUCUGGACUACAGUGAUGCAGACAUUUGACUCCAGGAACCAAAACUCUGCAUCCCAAGCUGGAUCUGAUAAAACCAAAGACUUUACAGUAGAAGAUGCUGUGGAGGCCAUCAGCUUCGGGAAGUUCCAGUGGAAACUCUCCUUCCUUACCGGCUUGUCCUGGAUGGGAGAUGCCAUGGAAAUGAUGAUCCUGAGUAUCCUGUCCCCUCAGCUGCAUUGUGAAUGGGGACUGCCCAGCUUUCAGGUGGCGCUCAUAUCAUCGGUGGUGUUCAUUGGCACAGGAAUCAGUGCCUCUCUAUGGGGAAAUAUAUCAGACAAAUAUGGCAGAAAAAUAGGUCUGAUAAUGUGUAUGGUGUGGACUCUGUACUAUGGCCUGCUCAGUUCAUUUGCUCCAGUCUAUGGCUGGAUCUUGGUUUUGCGUGGCUUAGUAGGCGUUGGCAUUGGAGGAGCUCCACAGUCAGUGACGUUGUACUCGGAAUUCCUCCCGAUGAAGUCAAGAGCCACCUGUAUUAUGAUGAUUCAGAUAUUUUGGGCCAUUGGUGCUGUAUUUGAGGUUCUUCUAGCUAUUUGGAUAAUGCCAACUCUUGGCUGGCGCUGGUUGCUAGGACUGUCUACCAUACCGAUGGUUGUUUUUGUUGGCUUCUGCUUUUGGCUUCCUGAGAGUGCCCGUUUUGAUGUACUGACAGGAAACAGAGAAAAGGCGGUGGCAACAUUAAGGCGCAUUGCAGCUGACAAUGGCAAGCCCGUGCCCCAAGGGAUGCUGAGGAUCAACAAACAAAAAGACCGUGGAAGGAUCAGCGAUCUUCUCACUCGUCGAUAUCGCAGGACCACUAUACUGUUGUGGUUUAUCUGGUUUGCAAAUGCCUUCUCCUACUACGGCAUAGUUCUUUUGACUACGGAGUUAUUCCAAGCUGGAGAUGUAUGUAGCGUGACCCAAUAUGCCAAGAUUGAACCAAGCUGCAGUUUGGAGUGUAAAUACUUGACAUUAGCUGACUACAAAGAUCUUUUAUGGACCACACUGGCUGAAUUCCCAGGGCUUUUUAUCACCCUUCUUGUGAUUGACCGUAUUGGCAGAAAGAGGAGCAUGGCAUUGUGUUUCAUCAUAUUUUCGUUGUGCAUUCUGCCACUGUCUGCUUGUGUUGGAAGGGUAGCUCUUACGAUCUUUAUUUUUGUGGCCAGAGCCUUUAUCACAGGGGGGUUUCAAGUGGCUUAUGUUUACACACCAGAGGUGUUCCCCACAGACACAAGAGCCAUAGGGAUGGGGACCAGUAGUGGAAUGGGCAGGUUGGGUUCUCUGCUUACUCCCUUUGUGGCACAGGUAUUGCUUAGGAAAUCAGUGUACGCCACACUAGCUGUGUACUGUGGCUGCGGCGUGUUGGCUGCUAUGGCGUCAAUGGGUCUGCCCAUUGAGACAACAGGCAGGAGUCUGCAAGAGUCCAGUCACAUCACGACAGAACAGGAAACAAAUGGGACCAACCAGCAACCAAAUGGUCCAGCACCAACCGCAUACGCUAGCUAUGGAUCCAGUGAACAAUAA